CCAAAAACGUGAAAAUUUCCGCGUUUUUCGUGAGUUUUCGUGAGUUUUCGUGAGUUUUCCUGCGAUCCAGAGUUCUUAGAGUCCCCCCGCAACUCCCGCCGUCGGUCCCGGUCGAAGAAGAAGCUUGGAAAACCGUAGAAAAAGCACAAAACCGGAGCGCGAAGAAAAACCAGAGCCCGGGCUGAAACCUCGAAAACGGAUCCCAAAUCCUUUUUCUGGCAUCGCUCCAUCCCGAUUUGGGCCUAAGAAGACUUUACGGGCUGGGUCGUCGUCUGCCAUUCUCAAGACAUGCCGAGCCCACCGAAUCCGGGCGAGUUUCGACAGAGAGAUCGUCAUCGGCUUCUCCAUCGUCCCUCCUCACAUCUCUGGGGUCACCGAUUUGGCUGAACCUAACGAUUUUUGGAAAAACCAACCGCCGCAGAACGCUCUGCGAAACAACACAAAAAAGGGCAGCGGCAAACACGCGAGGAUGGCGAAAUCUUUUCGGUUAUUUGUUGGAAAUAUCCCACAGGGAACAAGCGAGGAAGAACUGAGAACUGAGUUUGUUGCCUACGGUGUCGUAGAAUCGGUGGAAGUGAAGACGAAACCCAAUGCACUCAGCGGAGCCGCGGAUAUAUUUGGUUUCGUCUCGCUGCAAACCGAAGACCGAAUCGUGUCCCAGUGUAUCAAGGAAUUUCGUGAACAGAAAUAUAAAGGAGCAUUUUUGAAUGUAUCCAGAGCGAAGGAAUCGUUCCUCGAUCGGUUGAAACGUGAAAGAGAAGAAGCGGGAGCACAGAAACAGAACAAAAACGUGACCACUUCUUCCGUCGAUCCAGUAAAACAGCCGAAUGACACGAAAUCCAGCAAAGCAACCCGUGAAGAACUCCCUACCCUACCCAGUUUGAGACAGGCAGAUGAAAGCAGCUCCUCGGAGAGCUCGGAUUCAGAGAGCGACAAGGAGGAGGAAGUGGAGGAACCUUCGAAGAAACCUACCGCUCCAAACCACGCUCCUACUUCCGGUCCAGAAAGCAACAAAAAGCAGGAACCGGAACUGGUGAAGAAGUGGAAUCAAGAAACAUACAUCGAGCAUGGAAAACUGAAGAUCGUCUCCAUUACGGGCCAAGUGAAGGAAGUAAUCGAUCGCUCAAAGACGCACAAAAACCGAUCAGCAGACGGCAAGCAGUUGAGCGAGAAGGCACGCAUAGCAGACGAGAAGCGUAAGCAAGGUCUUACGAAGCUGAGCUCGGCGUAUGAACAGCAAAAGCUUGCGAUCAAGAAUGCCUUAUCAGGUGAGGGGAUAGGUAGCAAGCGAAAAAUCGCGUUCAGUGACGAUGAAGCGGAAGACAGUACGCACGCUGGCAAGCGCAAGCUCGCUUUAUUUGAUGGAGACGGAGACGGAGAUGAGGGCGAUGAUGGUUUCGAAGGAAACUUUAGAGUACGCAAACAGCUAUCGGGACCGGAAGGGCAGAAGCUGUAUGAAAUGCAAACAGCCUAUCAAGGGGACAACCGCUUUCGACUUGAUGAUCGCUUUUUGGACAAGUACGCGGUAAAAAAGGACGACCAGGCAAAGUCGAAAAAGAACAAAAUCACGGAAAAGGAGCGUCUCAAACAGUUGGAGAUUCUGUCUAAUGUGACCGGCAAGCCCAUCGCAGGCGACAAGCGUAACGAGCAGCGAAAUGUUCCGCAGAUGCACCGUUUCGAUCCAUCACAAAGGAACGAACAGCAUGAGCAUGAAUCAUCAGAGGAUAAUCGAAGCAAACUGUCCACGAUCAAACAAGCGGAACGCCGCGAGAAUGAUUUCAAAGUGACGGAUGAAAAGUUUUACAAAGUCUCGGACAACCUAACCGGUCUGCUGACGAGGGCUUCGGGUGAAAGUAAUGGGGGACAGGAUGGAGGCGGAUUCAGUCUUCUGUCCAUGUUUGGCAAGGGUUCUCCGGCGGCGGCGGCAGAUGAUGAUGUCGAAAACAAUCAGCGGGACCAGUCCACGAAACACGAUCGUCCAAAAGAUAGCGGUGCUCGGUUUAAGCACGAAUCCUCCGAAAGUGAAGAAGAACCUGAAGAGAACGCGGACCGGCGAGUGGAUGAAAAGACACAGGAUGAUGAGGUGGCCAAAAACAUAGCCCAACGGAAGGCCGGAUACUAUUCGCGGCAAGGCAUUUGGAAGGAAAAGUUUUUCUUUCUUCCCAACGAUUCUCGAUUCGAUGAUGGUCGACGAUUCUUUGGCGUCUUUCUUUCUACACAAAAUGUGCCAAAAGCCACCGAUGACGGGAAUGCAGUGGCAAAUGGAGAUGCUUCCCGAAAGGAUCAUACUGUGGACGACCUUAAGAAAAUCUACAAAAAGCGGAGACAACGGGAGGGCAAAAAUAUGAAAAUGAAAUCAAAGCUCGGGUUUAAAGUGAUGAACCGAAGACAUGUGAAAAAGUAACCAUUAUUGGAGCGUUAGUUGUUACCGUUCAGAAUGGAAAUAGAAUUUUACACACAUUAUAUACGAUUAUCUGUGCUAUUGACUGAGGGCUC